CAUCGAUGUCAUUAUAUAUUGAUGUGAAUGUUUAUUUGUGAACUUCAUUCGGCCGGUUUUUCACAUUAAAUCCGACUUUCUGGAUUUUCUGUAAGAAAAUUAUCGUAAAAGCAAAGUCAAUUCAAAUAAUAUUAAUGUAGACGCACAGAUUUGAUGAAUAAUUUAAAAGAAGUGAAACGAUUUUAAGCGAGAACCGAGCAUUCAGUGGUUUUUCUCCUCAAAAAUUUAUCUUGAGUGGUGUGCCACGUUAAUGAAUUCAAUUUUUUUUUAUUGAAACAAGUGAUUAAUUUACGAAUUAGUUUAUCUUGUCGGUGUUAUAACUAACAAGUGUGCAGUACCUCUGAAAUAGAACGGUCAACGAAAUCAAUGGAAUUGAGAUAGAAAUUGAGCCGAAAGUGACAUUCUUCGAAACCGAUUUUAUCACACACAAAAAAAAAAACAAAAAUUUAUCAGAAAACGCCUUCUAACUUACCGAAAUAACGAUGUGCUCCCUAAUUAACAUUAUUGUUGCUAGCAUAAUUUGCUGUUGUUGGAUGGGAUUCGUCAGUGCGUACGAAUUAAUAUAUGCAAUCAAUUGUGGCAGCAACGAACCAGUUAAAAUUGAUGACAUUCUGUAUGAUCGGGACCCAUUAACCGAUAGAAUCGGAAUUGCUUCUGAUUAUGGCAAACAAUUGAUGAUGAUUGGACGCGCAUCACAGGAAGAGGAAAUUUUAUACCAAACGGAAAGGUAUUCCACGAAUACGUUCGGUUAUGAUUUACCGGUUAGUGGCGAUGGUGAAUACUUGCUAGUGUUGAAGUUCUGCGAAGUGUACUUCAGUGGACCAAAUCUGAAGGUGUUCGAUGUGGUGUUGAAUGCCGAACAUACGGCUGUUUCCGAUUUGGACAUCUAUCAACAAGUCGGCAAAGGUGUGGCCCACGACGAGUACAUUUACUAUACCAUUUCCAGAGGUAAAUUGUUUUACAAAGAGGAGGAAUCGGAGAUUCGUGGCGGUAAAGUUAGAGUCGAGUUUAUCAAGGGCUACAGAGAUAAUCCAAAGAUCAAUGCAAUUGUGCUGGUGAAAGGUGACGUUGAAAACUUUAAGAAAUUGGAUCCGAUUGAAAUUGAAGCACCCGAUCAGACGCACCAGCUCAACGACAUCGAAUCGGAGAGCCUUGAAUACGAUGAAAUUAAACCAGCGAAACAGAGGAAAACUAGUGGACCGAGACAAGAAGAUCCAUACGCGUUGGAUGAUUCGUCGGUUAUGUUGCCUGUGUUCAUAGCUAUCGGUGCUUUUAUUCCUUUACUGUUUUGUCUUUGCAAGCUCUGAAUUUAUUGUUGGCAAUUUCGUUCACCGUGUAUUUUACCUAGUAAAUUUGUGUGUGGUUUAAAGCUCGAAGGGAUUGACAAUUUGCAUUUUGUAGCCAACUGUAACGGAUUAAUGGAUAGAUUUAGACUUAUUUUUAAACAAGAAUUAAUUUGGACAAUGCUGCACUAGCACAAUUUACCAGUUUAAUAGUGACAAACUAAUGGCUUCCUUUGUAUGAACGAUGGACCGUGCAUCGACCUUGAACAUUGAACAUACUUUAUACGUCCAAACACAUUAAAUUUUUAAAGUUUCAUUCUCCACGUAUACAUUAGACUUGAUUAGAUAAUGACUUAGUUAGCAAAUUUGAAAAAAAAAAAUGUCGAAAUCUCUGUUUUUCAUUAUCUAGCAACGUUACUAGUCUCCAUUUGAGUGUGAUUUGAUAUUGGAGAGAAAUCAGAGCACUAUGGAAAUUGGGGACGCAAAAUCUACCCUUGAAACGAGUCUGUAAUGUCCGUUCCACAUUAUCCAUAAAAUGGUUUUCCAAAUCCAACUCACAAGAAAGAAAAAAUAAUGAAAAAUGACUACAUAAUUUUGCACAAGGGGUGGAUAAACUAGAAAAUCCUCUGUUAACCAAAAAAAAAAUCUUUAGCAAACUUUUCAAACUUAGAAAAUUAGAAAAUCCACAGAUUCCGAAAAUCUUCAAAAAAAAAACUUUUUUUCAACAAGUUCAUGUACAUGGAAUUCCUAUCCCGAUAUAUACAGCUAAUAUACAGAGGUUAGAUUGAAAACUAAAUUAGCUGUAUUAAAGAAAACCAAUACUUUUAGAGGCUAACGGUAGAACAAUUUUUUGCUCAGAAUAAUAUUCUUAUCGAAAGUAAAUAAAUUUAGGCUUUUAUGCGACAAUUUUCCUUUUUCUACCUUUUCAGACCUUUUCAAUUUUUUUCAAAAGUUUCCCGACAUAACAGUUUUGAUUUUGCCCCAAAAAUAAUUUUCGGGAUAGAAAUUCCAUGUGCAUGAACUUGUCGAAAAAAAUGGUUCAGCCCCACCGUGAGUCCAUAGAGAUCCAAGAAAUUGCUUUGUCUAACUGACCGAUCCUUAUAAAAAAAUCCUAGGUUGACUCGUCAUUGACUUAGUCAUAAAAACAGCGAGAAAUGGAGUUCUUGAAAAUAGACCCUGUAACUGAUUUUUUUUAAAUAUAUCUUUCAAAUACCUAUUGAGGAGAACCUAAUGUGUUCCUCUAAUUAUUUACUUUUAAGUCGGACCUUAAAGAAGGACCUGUUUACGCGCAUUCAUUUGCACAAUGGAAGCCAUAAAUUGUCGGCAUUGUUUUUUUUUUAAUUACCAGCAGAUUUAGUUAGAAAAAAAUGUACUCCAAUUGACGAAAAUUAAAAGAAAAAAAAUAAUAGAAAAACGAGAGAGCUCUUCCCAAUUUUCUUCAAUUUCGAGUCUUUCAUUUAUUUAGUUUUAAACAAUUGAUUGAAUUCCAAAACUUAAAAAGUAAGAAAACCCAGUCUUAAUUUUAAGUAAUUUAAGUAAUCAGGUGCAAUUUUUAUACAAAAAAAAAUGUUUGACUUUGUUUUGUGAUUUAAAUUUAAACGACAAAAAAAAUGUUUUGUAUUCACUCGAGAGUGCAAGUAAUUUUUUUUUACUAAUUGUAUUUUACAAUGUAAUCAAACACGAACACUUAUUUAAGGCAAAUGAAAUUUCGACUGAUGGAAUGUUAUUAUAAAUACUGAAGAAAAAUGAACAAAA